UAGCUGCUGUGGCUGGAUUUGCCAGCUAUCUUCAUUUUUUUCGCCGGGUUGGAAGAUAUCAAACGAACUGUAGGACUUCAAUUUCCAAGUUGAAACAAAGGCAAGGAGCAUUAAAUAUCUGUUGGAGAAAUGCCAUGUGAUAUGUUUGUGGCGUUGCCACCAGCAACCAGUGAUGGAUGUAUCAUUUUUGGAAAGAAUGCAGAUAGGCCGACUGGAGAAGUUCAAGAGGUCAUUCAAGUGCCAAAACAAGACCAUGACGUAGGAUCAAAGAUUAUGUGUACUUACAUAGAAAUCGAUCAAGUACCGCAUACACACGCAGUUAUCCUAACAAAGCCAGCCUGGAUGUGGGGGGCAGAGAUGGGAGCUAAUGAGCAUGGUGUAUGUAUAGGAAACGUGGCUGUGUGGACUAAACUAAAUGGUCCUGAUGACCUCAAGGAGAGACUACCUGGCAUGGACCUUGUCAGGUUGGGUCUGGAGCGGUCAAAGAGUGCCAGGGAGGCUGUGGACGUAGUCACUGGACUACUGGGGCAGUAUGGACAGGGCGGACCGUGUGCCGAGGAACCAGGACUAACAAAGUGGGCCUACCACAACAGUUUUCUGUUAGUGGACUCGUCGGAGGCAUGGCUUCUGGAAACUGUCGCUUCCCACUGGGCUGCAGAAAAACUGACAGGAAUCCACAAUGUGUCAAAUGAGCUGACAAUCACCACAAAUUUUGACUUGUCCUCCCCCGAAUUAGUAGAAUCAGCAGAAGAGGCGGGGCUCUACAGGAAGGAGGAUGGGGACUUCAACUUUUAUCAAGUGUUUUCAGAGGAGUCUUCCGGAGCUCUCUCCAACUAUCCAGGUUCCACGAGAUACCUCCAUGGGAAACGCCUCCUGAAAGAAUUCACUUCAGAGGGAAAGAUAGGUGUUGAGGAGAUGUGUAAGAUCCUACGUGACGAGCCGAGUGGUAUCAACAUGAGGGGUACUCUGACAACAAUGGCUUGCCAGGUGUCUGUGCUACCACCCCCGGGAUCCGCCACGCCCCCCUGUCACUGGUUUACAGCCACACCCAAUCCCAGCACCAGUAUCUUCAAACCCUUCAUCUUCUGCCCACAGGCCAACAUUGGGGAUCUGACAACUUCUCCCUCAUAUGGUGCUGAUGACCCAGUCAAGAAAAUGCCUCGCUUCCAGGAACAAGUUGACCGAAAGCACCCUUUGUACCUCGGACAUGAAAAUCUGCAAACACUAGUUGACAAGGAUGACCCGAAAGGUCUUAUGAUCGUACAAAACUUGCAAGAACUUGAAGUUAAAUGUAUGGAAGACAUGGGAGAUAUGAUGAAGGACUUUGAUGAAAAAAUGUUCAUGAAAGUUUCACAGAUUUUCCUUCAAAUGUGUAAUUUUGAGCUUAAUUUCUACAAGUGUUGAUUUCAUUGAGUAAAGGUUAUUAACAAAGAGAAAAAUAGCAAAAUUUUAUAUUUGUAGUUGUAUUUGUAAAAUGUAUUCACUAUUUAAUUUAUUAGUGAAUCAUGCUUACCAUAGUUUUGAGGAUAAAAUUGAAAAAGGCUGAUAUAGGUAACCGAUACAGGGGUGAUAACUGCUCCGUUUGUUAUUACUUUUCACUGUAAAACAUAUAAUUCAGUUAUGAUGAUCAAUAAUUACAAACAUUUUUUUUUUUAUAUAAUCUUGCUUUUUAAUAUCUAUAAAAUUCCCUUUGCUUUUCAAUAUAAGAAAUAAAUAUUUAGAACAAUCUAAAAUGAAGUAGAUAUUGAAUUUAAUAUUGUGAGAUUUUCUAUAUAAAUUGAAUGUUGUCAGAAUAUGUUCUUAAAAUUAUAUAGAUCUCGAUAUAUCAGCAAUAUAACAAGAAAAUGUUGUUUAAACCACUGAAUGUAUGCCAGAUUCGCCAUCAGAGCUUCCUUAUGCAGUUUUUUUUCUGACCUGGUCUCGGAGGCCUGGGAACGCCUUGUCUUUAUGUGUUGUGAUAGCGUUUUGAGAUUUAAUGUCGAGAGACAGUUAAGUUUUAUUUACUGAGCAGAAAGGGAUAUCGGUUCAGACCUAGUUUAUGAAUUAAUAGCCUAUGUUAUUUUUGCCUGUUUGAAUUUUAGCUUUUUUCUGCUGUUUGAUAACUCACCGUUGUCGACGUCUAUAUUUUAGUCAGAGACUACUAUUCAUAGGGUCUGGACAAUUGGAAAUGAAAGGAGAGAAUGGUAUACUAAAUAUUCUACUUAUGUGUGUGCAAUAUACCUGUUGGGUGCAAUCAGAACCUAGAACAUUGUUUAAAACCUGUUCAACAAGAGCAAAAAUAUAUAAGAUAACUUUAUUCUUAAAAAUAUGUGAUGACAAUAACUUUGUAUACAUGGGUAUGUAAAUUGAUGGUAUUGAUCUCAAUAGGUUUGUUGUUAUAAAUGAAAUAUAGUCUGUUUAAUCAACUCUUAACUUAUUCAGCCCUGAAAUUUGAUAAUGAACUAUUCCAACCUUUAGAUUGGAAGGGUUGAAAUGUCUUCAGGGGUGAUUGAGUUAAUUAGUAUAUUUGUUUUGCCAAUUGUUUUUUUCAAGCAUUAAAAUUCCAUAAGACUUUUCUUGCCAAACAGCAUGAAAUUUGACGUCUUUCCAGUAUUGUGUUUGAAUCUGUCACAAAAUGUUUGAAUUUGGAAUGCUUUGUAAGUGGUAUUUUUUACAAUUUGUUUUUCAAUGCUUUUAUCAGUGUUUUUCACCUUGUUGGGUGAAGUAAAUCAAAAUCAACAAUCUAUUUAUUGCAGUGUACAUGUCAUUAUGUUUUUGAACUUUUUUUUUAAACAUAUUCUAUAUGAUGAUUCUUAAAGUAUUUAAUAUAAACAACAUAUCUGUAUGAAUUGACAGUUCAUAUUAAUAAUCCACCGACAACUUUUUCUGCAGAAGAGAUAAUCCCUGAAGUCUUCAAUAAAAUUGAAAAGAAUAUAUUUAAUCUCUUGAACAUGUAUUUGUUCUCCCAGCAAACUAUUAUCUGUAAACCAAAAAGUGAUUAUAUCGUCGAAUUUAAAUUACAUAGCAUGCUAUUUAAGGGCACUCAGUUUUUAUGUACAUGAUUGAUUUUCCUAGUAUUAACGUGAUAUUUGUGUUGGUUGUUUCUUGCAAAGCUUCAAAAGUUAUCUUGCGUGUUGUAUUUCUGUGAUAUUUUACUUUAUAUUUAAGUCCUGAAAACCAAUAUAUUUAUAUGUGUUUAUUCACAUUCACAUGUAUACAUGUGUGAUUAUGUUUUAUAUACUUCUUGAAAUUAGUUAAUUAUUCACAAUAAUGAAUGUAUAUAUAUUUUGAUCUCUAAAGAUGAAGAUGUUAAUAUAUAUAUGCAAUCAUGAAUACGCAAUAUUCCAUAAAUGUUUAUUAAAGUAAAUGAUAUAUAUACAUGUUUAUUAAAAAUUAUGAAUAUGUAAUAUUUACAAUCAUGAAUAUGUUUAUGUAUUAUCAUUAAUAUGCAGACUUAUAUAGAAAGCAUGAUUUAUUGAACAUUCCAUCUAGUCAAAUUGAUUGCAGUGAACAUUCCAUAUUAGGAGUGAAACAAUACGCCUAGAGUGUAUCACAUUACCGGGCAUAUUGCAAUACAGAAGGAAUGUAUUCGAGACGAGGGGGCUCAAAGACUCUCGCACAUCUAUGACCAAGUGUUAAC